AUGUCCGUCCGUCAACAUGCUAAUCUAAGGGCAUGCAUCACAGUUGUCGCAUCGUCAGUCGCUGACUCAGAGGAAGGUCUUGACUUUCCCGCUUUUGACCUCAUUGAUGCUCCACUCCCUCAACCGUACACCAGACAUCCCCCAUGCGCUCCGCCACAGACUCCUUCGCACCUCGUGAUUUAUUCUCUAUCCCCUUACUCUAUCCUUGCCCGUUGGCGUUUGGCGCUAGAGGCAGGAGGUUAA